AUGAUAAGAACCUUAUUAAGUGGGUCUAUCAAAAGAUCCGCUACUGUCUCUUCAUCCUUUAUUCGUCAUAGUUCUUCUUCUACUAGUGCUUUAGCUUAUAAAAGACUACAUAAACAUCAUGCUAAUCCUCCAUUACCCAUAUUAGAAACUCCAAUAUGGAACGCUAAUGCUGCUGUAUCCUCUAUUAUAUACGAGACUCCUGUUCCUUCUUCCCAACCAAGAAAACAACAUGUGUUAAACUGUCUAGUACAGAAUGAACCAGGUGUCUUAUCUCGUAUUUCCGGUACUUUAGCCGCAAGAGGCUUCAAUAUCGAUUCUUUAAUCGUCUGUAACACCGAAGUUAAGGAUCUAUCGAGAAUGACCAUCGUCUUGCAAGGUCAAGACUCCGUUAUCGAACAAGCUAGAAGACAAAUCGAAGAUCUCGUGCCUGUCUAUGCUGUGUUGAAUUACACCGAUUCUCAAUUGGUUAAAAGAGAAUUGUUGAUGGCAAGAAUCUCUCUAUUGGGCUCCGAAUAUUUUGAAGAUUUGUUACUACAUCAUCAUCAGUCUACUGUUCCGUCAUCUGUUGAUACCUUCGCCUCUGAUGGUAAUAAAGGUCCCUCUGAUGCCGAUUUGAUCAACAAGAUUAGAGAUCAACCAUACCAUCCUUCAAACAUGCCUGCCUCUGAAGUACUAAGAAAGAAACAUGAACAUCUAAACGAUAUCACUGUCUUGGCUCAAAAUUUCGGUGGUAAAGUCGUGGACAUCAGUGAGACAAGUUGUAUCGUGGAGUUGGCUGCUAAACCUUCCCGUGUCUCAGCUUUCUUAAGGUUAGUGGAACCAUUCGGUGUUCUGGAAUGUGCUAGAUCCGGUAUGAUGGCUUUACCAAGGACUCCAUUACAAACCUCUACCGAAGAAGCUGAAGGCUCUGAUGAACAAGAAAAAAUUAGUGAAAUUGUUGAUAUUACUCAAUUACCACCAGGUUAA